UUUAUUUGCAUUCCACUAUGGAAUCUCUUUAAUGGAACUGCUUUAAAAAAGUUGCCAUUUUAAUUUCAUUUUGCCAGCACCGAUGCCAAAUAACUAAGCUAUCUAAUGCAUGUGUUUGAAGAAGGACCCAUUCUAAAUAACGAGUUGGUAGUCAGUAGUUUAAACACUUUCUGACUGCUCAUUAAUUGUGCAGACCCGGUGUUUUCGGAUAGUGUUAAACAAUGGCUAGCUCGAAGGAACAUGAUGACUGCAGAGUUUAGAUUUAUUUUCUGUUCUUUUAAUACUCAAGGCAAUAGGAACAACAGUAUCUCUUUUGACCCACUUUUUUAAGCGUAAAACGGGAGCUUCUUUCCUCGUCGCCGAACGCCUACACUCCACUUUCGAGGGCACGAUGGUUGCUUUCAAUCUGGACGUUCUGUUGCCGCUCGGAGUAAACACUCGCGGACGUGUUUAAGGUUGGAGGUGAGAGUUGCGCGGCCAGCCCCUCGACCCUGGAUAGCAAGAGUUAAAAACGCCGCCAGUGUGCUGGAGCCCGAUGGUGGAGCUGCCGCGAAGCACCCCUCCUCAGAACCCCGCAGCUAUGUCUUCCUUCACGCGCAGAUACAAGAGUCAGUCGCAAGAAUGGAGGAACACAGAUCCAAAUGUUGACGCUAACGCAACGCCCGGAGUUUGUCUUCAGGACUGACAGAAUUUUGCCAAUCGAAAGAAAGAAAGUGGACGAACUCUUCCGUAGGGAUGAAUAAAUCCGGAUCUCGGUCGACUUGCUCGCUUCCCCCUGAGCCGGUGGACAUACUUCGUAGCAAGUCGUGUUCCCGCCGUGUGAGGCUCAAUGUCGGUGGUCUUCUGCACGAGGUUCUGUGGAGAACGCUGGACAGGUUACCCCGCACGAGAUUGGGUAAACUACGAGACUGCAACACGCAUGAUUCCAUAAUGGAGAUAUGCGACGAUUAUAAUUUGGAGCAGAACGAAUAUUUCUUUGACAGACACCCGGGGGCAUUCACUUCUAUUCUGAAUUUUUACCGCACCGGAAAGUUACACAUGAUGGAGGAGAUGUGUGCUUUGUCUUUCAGCCAAGAACUGGACUACUGGGGAAUCGACGAGAUUUACCUGGAGUCCUGUUGCCAAGCUCGCUAUCAUCAGAAAAAAGAACAAAUGAACGAGGAGCUUAAACGCGAAGCCGAGACUUUGAGGGAAAGAGAAGGAGAGGAAUUUGAUACGUCGUGCUGUGCAGAUAAGCGAAAGAAACUUUGGGAUCUUCUAGAGAAGCCAAGUUCAUCACUUGCAGCAAAAGUCCUGGCCAUCAUCUCCAUUCUGUUCAUUGUGCUGUCGACCAUUGCCUUGUCCCUGAACACCCUUCCAGAGCUGCAGGACACAGAUGAGUUUGGGCAGAGUACAGACAACCCCCAACUGGCCCACGUGGAGGCCGUGUGUAUCGCUUGGUUCACCAUGGAGUACCUGCUGCGCUUUCUCUCCUCGCCCAGCAAGUGGAAGUUCUUCAAGGGCCCCCUGAACAUCAUCGAUCUGCUGGCCAUCCUGCCCUACUAUGUCACCAUCUUCCUGACAGAGUCCAGCAAGAGCGUUCUGCAGUUCCAGAACGUGCGACGGGUGGUGCAGAUCUUCCGGAUAAUGCGCAUCCUGCGCAUCCUCAAGCUUGCACGCCACUCCACUGGGCUGCAGUCCCUGGGGUUCACCCUGCGGCGGAGCUACAAUGAGCUGGGGCUCCUCAUCCUCUUCCUGGCCAUGGGCAUCAUGAUCUUCUCCAGCCUGGUCUUCUUUGCUGAGAAGGACGAGGAUGGCACCAAGUUCAAGAGCAUCCCAGCCUCUUUUUGGUGGGCCACUAUUACCAUGACCACAGUGGGAUAUGGGGACAUCUACCCAAAGACCCUCUUGGGGAAGAUUGUGGGGGGACUGUGCUGCAUUGCUGGGGUGCUGGUGAUCGCCCUGCCCAUCCCCAUCAUUGUCAACAACUUCUCUGAGUUCUACAAAGAGCAGAAGAGGCAGGAGAAAGCCAUUAAGCGAAGGGAGGCCUUGGAAAGGGCCAAAAGGAAUGGCAGCAUUGUGUCCAUGAACAUAAAGGAUGCAUUUGUCCGCAGUGUGGAGCUCAUGGACGUGGUGGUGGCACAAAAUGGGGAGAGCGUGGAGAUGGGGGCAAAGGUUCAGGACAACCACCUAUCCCCCUCCCGUUGGAAGUGGGCGGCUAAGCGCAUGACCAUGGAGACUAGCUCCAAGUCUUUAAAUGAGAAGGAGCCAACGUCACCAAGCAAGGCCCAGCCCUCCAGCCCACAGCACCUCAAUGUCCAGAAGCUGGAGGAGAUGUACAAUAAAAUGUCCAAGUCCCAGUCCCAUCCCAACCUCAACAGCAAAGACAGAGGGGACCCCUCAAAAGCAAAUAAGAAGAGAGAUGAGAUGGAGAUGGGCAGUAUUCCGGGGCCUACAGGCCCACCGCCAGCCACACCUGGGGGCAUAGCAGACAUGAGGAGCAUGUCCAGCUUAGACAGUUUUAUUAGCUGUGCAACAGACUUCCCAGAAACCACCCGCUACACACACAGCCCAGCCUCCAGCCAUCCUGUGCGGGUCAGCACCAGUCCCGGGCUCGAGACCACCCUGGAGCAUGAGCCCAUGUUGACUGCGUGUGACAUUUCCAAGCUGGGUGCCAUCUUGGAGGCUGGCUCCAAGCUUGGGGGCUCCUCACGGCACAGCUUCUUUUCGGAUAGUCCCCGAGGCUCACGAUUCAGCAACCUGCUCAAGUCACGCUCCUUUAAGGCCAAGCUCCGGGCAGCGGCGGCAGCUGGCCCCUCCUCCUCCUCUGUGCAAGGAGGUGGCAAUGCUGCCCUCUCUGACAUCUCUGCCUUCUCUGACCACUCCCUCCUGAGCCCCGAGGUGUCUGUCUACACCACGGCCAGCAGCAGGACCCCGCCCAGAUCCCCGGAGAGGCUGACGCCUGCCAUCUUCACCUUCCACGACGCAUCCAUCAGCAAGUAUAUCGACGCUGACACAGACGAGGAAGAGCAUCUGCAAGACGGCUCUGACUCCAGCCCUUCCAAGCGUCUCCUUAGAAACACCAGCCCCAAGUUCAGUGUCAACACUGGCCAUCAGCGGGGUGCCAACCACCUGGAGGUGGCCCAGAAGAGGCUGGGGCAGAACUGCAUGUUUCCACAGGAGGGACGGCCACGCAGUCGGCAGGAGAACCACAUGACCCAGGGGGAGAGGACCCGUUCCAGCAGCUACAAUGACAGAAUCUGAGCCAGGAUGUCCUGUGUUCAAAGAGCGAACUGAAGCAAGAUGGGUGAGUGACACUGGGGGAAAAAAAAUGAAGAAAGAGUAACACAAACACCAGGAGCUUUAACUGCAUGGCAUGAAAAGCUUCUAAAUAAGCCAUUGACAUGUAAACAAGGCUCAAUAAUAAUAUCUGCUGGCUUCAGUGAAGACCAAGCAAGUCUGUGCAGUGAUUGACAGGAGCUUUGGGAGACUCAUGUGAUCCCUCUAUUUUUCUUUCUGUAAAGUGAGCAGUGUUGUGUGCUGUCUGACGGCAUCCCAGUCAUGAGGGUGAGGUCUGGAGAAAGGCAGGGCCAAUAGUGGGCUUGUGGGACAGGAGAAUAAAGCAGAGAGAGCAUGUCAGUGAGUCACAGACAGAGAUAUAGUUUUCAUGGAUGGAACACUUGGUCACCCUGCCUUGUCCAAUCACGUAAUGUAGAUUUAGGCACUAUUGAACAGACUGAGCGAGAAAAAAUUUGCUGUUUACUUCCUAGAGGUUUUUUUCCUUUCAAACUGGCCUUAGUUAUAUGCAUGUAUGUGUAUACAUAUGGUGUAUUUGUGUGUGCAUAUAUAUAUAUAUACUGUAUGUAUGUAUAUAUGUAUAUACAUGUGUGUACAUAUAGGUACAAUGAUAAAUUAAGAGAAGAGAAAAAAUGCAUUGAAAUACACACAAAUACACUCUAGUAUAUGUACAUAUGCAGUAAUUAGCUGCAUCUUUUCUAAAGCAAAAGCAGAAAAAUAUCUAUAUCUGCAUUUUCUUUGUUACUUCAUAACCAUUUGGUUUCAUCAUAUUUGAGGAAUAUAUUUUUUGGGGAAAUGUAGAUAGGAUGACCUCUCUUAUUCCAGUUCAGUCUUGAUCUAAUCCCUGCAUGUGAGAACUACUUUGGCAUUUUCUGUACAUAUUUGAAAUUUGUUUUGUUUAUUUUCUAAUUUACUUGUAUUGGUGUUAUUCUUUUUUCCAACUCCAGUUUACAUAAUUUAAAUGCUGCAUCAGAAUCAGGAUAGACAGGAUAAAAUAGCCUCAUAAACUGUCUAUGUAUGUACUAUACACACACACACACAUACAUACACAAACACACCUCACCACACCACACACACAUAUACACACACAGCAUGCCACACCACAACACACAUACAGGUAGUAGGUCUCUCUUUCUCUGGAUAAUUUAAAAUAUUUCACCUCACAGUAUUCAGUCAAAGCCAAAAAUGUGCCCAACACGGUCAGGAAACCGGAAAUAAAACAAUGAAAACCACUUGGAUUCUUCAAGGGACUCGGACUUUAUAUGUGUAAAAAAGUGUUUUUUUCAAAAGGAAUCAUAUCAUCCAUGUAGAGCUGGGGGUGGGGAAAAAAGAAGAAAUAAGAAGCAUAAUAUAUAUUUUUUUGAAAUAUUUUGUAAAGAAUGGCAAUUGAAUAGGAAAUUGAAUUACACUAAUCUUGUAGGCUUGCAUUUCAAUACAUAGCUUUAUUUAAAAGUAUGUACUAAAGAACAUCAUGAGAGAAUGAUGAUCUUUGGCUAGGAUCUUUUUGCUUGUUGAAGACUGUUGUCUCUGUAAUUUUAUUCGUUAUACAAUGUGAUUAGCCAAAGACUCGUUCUUUCAGUCGGUCAAGGGGAGAUUGGCAGUGGCCUGAGUGGUUUUUGACAUGUGUUAGGCUGUCUCCCCAGUGACAGAUCUCCACGGACACUUGGGCAUGAGGUUAACCCAUCGACACCAACAGCGGCAGAUCUGAGGGUGAGAGGUUUGGGGUGAAGCUGUGAUGCAUUCUGGGAGGAAGGAUCAGGGAAAGGGAGGUUGUGAAAAGAUACACGCACGCCAAACAUCCAUACAUACAGACACACUCACACACAUACACACACACACCUCUAUUGGAUUUAUUCAGUUCUAGUCUUGUACUGGCACCAUCCAGAAAGACAGUGUGUCUCAGAAUACCACCAGUUAAUAUGCGAAUGUUUCAGAUCACUUUAAUACAUCUCAAUAUGUAUAUCUCUAAUAUAAUUGUGCACUUUAUUCUGUACGCUACCCUGUUUUAGUUGUCAUUCGCAAAUACAUAUUAACAAUACCUAAGAUUCUAUGUGAAACAUUGUAUUCAAUAACCGUUGAACAUAUAAAAACAUAUGUAAAAGAAAAUGGUAAAUAUACAUUUUUGGUUUUCAAAUUUUAGUUCAUUGUUGAUGUACCUAAUUGCAUAUUUAAAACGUAGCUAUUUUUGUGCCUUGACUUAUUUUGAAACACACACACACAAUAAAUCCACAGCAGUAUAUCAUUCAUUUUUACACAUACUGGUUUCACAAGAAUUUAGGAAUAAUUCUGCAUACACAUAAUGCAUGCACAUGCCUCACAUUUGACAAAUGCAGUACACAUAGGUGUCACACAUGCACAUAAUCCAAACACACAGUAGCUGCAUGCCAACAAAUACAUGAAUAACAAUAACAAUAAUGUAUGCUCAAGCAUGCCUAGACAGACACACAAAGACCAGUACACACUCACAUACACAUGCAAACAUUUUCCAGACAGGGUUAGGAAAAAAGAGCAAAUGGGUUGACAAUGGUCCACUGAACUCCACCCGCUGAAAAGCCUACCUGCUCACAUGUCUGACAGUCCACCUCCCUACAGUCCACUCACCCACCCCCGUCACCCACCUAUGAUAGUCUUUGUGAAUUUAAACCAGCUGUCUUCUGGGAAGUUUAUUUCAGGAAGAGUAUGUCGUCAAGAAGAUGACAGCAAUUGACAGGGAAAAUCUGCAAAUUACUGUCUGUAAAUAACAGGAUUGCCCUAGUACACUGAGUCACCUUACUUUUUAACAAUGGGGAAAUUUUUAGGAUGUUCUGUUCCUCUGGCCCACACUCAACUCUACCAGCCACCACUCAGUUUGCAAGAUAAUUUGUUUUUAGGCAUUGAUGUGUUGUUCUCUGGGGGUGGGGGGGGGGGGGGGGGGGAGGUUGGGGUUGUGCACUUCUUUGUCGUAGCAGAGUGGCACUCUUCAGGCAACAUAUUGUUAGGAGUAUAAAAAUAUGACCGACAAAGGUCACACAUAUUUACCUCUCAUAGGCAUCUUUGUACAAACUGUUCCAUUGCUUCUCCAUGCAAAUGGAUUAUAAUCUUGCAAUAAAAGAAUUUGGUUGUAAUACACGUCACAAAGGCCUGUGUUUGUUUGUCAGGUGUACCGUGGGAACUUGACAGUUUUGGAAACUGAUGCUAGUCAUUAGAUUUUUUUUAACCUUAAAAUGGUGGUGGGUGGUUAACAGCAGCCUCUUAGUGUCAUCUUUCACAGGCCUCCUGCAGUCAUUGGAUAUUAUAAGGCCAGUAGAGGGGAAAUGGCUCUGUGACAUCAUCAGAGCAACCCCAAUUAUCGAAAUGCCAAUCAAGCUCUCUUGUAUUCUUGCCAAAAAGAAAAAAAAAAGAUUUCAAAUGAAGGAUGACUUUAACUGGGCUGUAAUUGGACAAACUGACAAACAAACACUCAGGUGCCAGUGGUAAUGACAGUAACACAAGCAAAAGGAACACUCCUUUGAUGCUGAACUCCUCCACCUGUCCAAUCCAUAUAGUUACAGGCAGAAAAAAAAAUCAGACUAAUGAGAAAGGUGUGACACCAUCACAAGAUAACCGCUCUCACAGUGCUUUCAAAGUUCACCUGUGGCAACUGAUGUAUGAUCAGUGGACAUGCAAUUGUCAUGCUCUCAUGCUGAGUCCAUACCAGAACCACAAAGCUAUGGAGACUGUGGGGUGGGUCUGUUGGGUACAAAUCAUUUAGUGAUGUCACCUUAAAUCAUGUUGGGCAAACUAACACAUUUUUGCACUGGAAUAAGAUUCGGUUUUUUUUCCAAAAACACAGUGAAAACCCAUCCCUAUGAAGGUAUGCUGUAAUCUACUCAAAAUCUACUGUGUUCCCCUGUCUCCGCCUGUUGCUAAAUAAAACAACAUUAACCUUUUGAACAAAGGGAAACUUGUGCUGCUGCAAAAGAUUGGUCAAAGCUCAUUUGUGACAUCUUUCUUGAUUGUUUUCUUUAAGGGCACUUUAUAUAAGUCAAUCUUACUUCAUAUCAAGAAGAUGUACUCUGCACUUUAUACAGGAGCCCCACCUGGAGACAGUCGGUUUGUCAUUAAACAUGAAACAUUUUCCAGUAGAUAAGGCCUUAGCAAGGUCUAUUGUUUUUCAGAAUGGUCACAGGAAGACUUAUAAAUGUCAUGUUUAAAAUGGAAAGCACAAUCCAAGUGACUUGUUUUAUUUGGUUUUCAAUUUAUUUUGGUAUUUCUCUUUUAAAGUGUUAAAGAACUGCUAAAAACAGCCAAAUACAAAAACUAACUAAAUAAAUAAUUACUACAAAGCCACCAAUACCCUUCUAUUUCCAGGAUUUUUCAGAAGAAAUCACAGCUCACACUACAUACCUACUUCAACCCUCCUACAAUGUUGUUUGUAAGUCUAAAUUUGGUUUUGUAAAGUCUCUUACAUUGAUUCUUCCUAUUGACAUUCUAAACUGUUAUUUGUGUUUGACAUUCUGUCCUUUAAUGCAUGUAGCAUUACGGAGCUGUAACUAUGUUACUCUGAACCUGUCUUAGAAAAGAAAUCUCUAAAUAUCUGACGCUCUUCCUAUUUCUUUAUUAAGCAAUGCCCCCCUUCCCCCUCCCCCUGGCUGACUGAAAAUUAAAUAAAGGAUAUUAAUUAUUCAUA